AGCUGGGGAGAGCCCAGCAGGAAAGGUUAGUUGAGAACAGGCUGGACGCUCUGUCCGCAGGGUCAGGCCUCCCAGGGAGCGGGGUGGUGCUCAUCACCAACUGGAUAACAAGCUGACAUCGCAGUUCGGAGCGGACCGGGAGUCCUGCAUGGUGGUGUUGCAAUAGAAUGGUCUCAUAUUUGCCAAGCAGUUGAAGGGAGGGGCUAAAAAAUAGUGUCGAUACUUUAGCAACUCAGAGAACUAAUGGGUUGCAUUGAGCUUUGACUAAAAUUAACACUGGAAGUUCUUCUAUUUUAGGCGACUUUGAACCAGUGCAAUGGCGACUGCAGUGAGCAAGGCUCCCGAGAAUGCUGACCUGUGGUCCUCGCACGAGAAAAUGCUGGCACAGCCCCUGAAAGACAGCGACAUCGAGGUUUACAGCAUCAUUAAGAAGGAGAGUCACCGGCAACGGGUUGGACUGGAGCUCAUCGCCUCGGAGAAUUUCGCCAGCCGCGCCGUAUUGGAGGCCCUGGGCUCCUGCUUAAAUAACAAGUACUCGGAGGGGUACCCCGGCCAGAGGUACUACGGCGGGACCGAGUUCGUCGAUGAGCUGGAGACCCUCUGUCAGAAGCGAGCGCUGCAGGCCUAUGGUCUGGACCCCCAGUGCUGGGGGGUCAACGUCCAGCCCUACUCGGGCUCCCCUGCCAACUUCGCGGUGUACACCGCCCUGGUGGAACCCCAUGGGCGCAUCAUGGGCCUGGACCUGCCAGACGGAGGCCACCUGACCCACGGGUUCAUGACAGACAAGAAGAAAAUCUCUGCUACGUCCAUCUUCUUUGAAUCCAUGCCCUAUAAGGUGCACCCGGACACUGGCUACAUCAACUACGAGCAGCUGGAGGAGAAUGCCCGCCUCUUCCACCCGAAGCUCAUCAUCGCAGGAACCAGCUGCUACUCCCGAAACCUGGACUACGCGCGCUUGCGCAAGAUUGCCGAUGACAACGGGGCGUACCUCAUGGCCGACAUGGCGCACAUCAGCGGGCUGGUGGCGGCUGGCGUGGUGCCCUCCCCCUUCGAACACUGCCACGUGGUGUCCACCACCACCCACAAGACCCUGCGAGGCUGCCGCGCCGGCAUGAUCUUCUACCGGCGAGGAGUGCGCAGCACGGACCCCAAAACCGGCAAAGAGAUCCUGUACAACCUGGAGCCGCUCAUCAACUCCGCCGUGUUCCCCGGGCUGCAGGGCGGGCCCCACAACCAUGCCAUUGCCGGGGUGGCUGUGGCUCUGAAGCAGGCCAUGACGCCGGAGUUCCGCAUGUACCAGCGCCAGGUGGUGGCCAACUGCAGGGCGCUGGCCGCGGCCCUGAUGGAGCUGGGCUACAAAAUAGUCACAGGUGGUUCUGACAACCAUUUGAUCCUCGUGGAUCUCCGUUCCAAAGGCACAGAUGGUGGUAGGGCUGAGAAGGUGCUAGAAGCCUGUUCUAUUGCUUGCAACAAGAACACCUGCCCAGGUGACAGAAGCGCCCUGCGGCCCAGUGGGCUGCGACUGGGGACCCCGGCACUGACGUCCCGAGGACUCCUGGAACCGGAGUUCCGGAAAGUAGCCCAGUUUAUCCACAAAGGGAUAGAACUGACUCUGCAGAUCCAGAAGGAUGUUGGGGACAAGGCUGGCCUGAAGGAGUUCAAGGAGAAGCUGGCAGGGGAUGAGCAGCACCGCAGGGCCAUCCGAGCCCUCCGGGAGGAGGUGGAGAGCUUCGCGGCUCAGUUCCCUCUGCCCGGCCUGCCGGCCUAGAGCCACCGCCGCUGCACCUGCCCCGCGGCUCGGCAGGACCAAGGACCCAGUCCCCCUGAGAAGCACCACACAGGGCCCGGCAGCCUCUGGGUGCUCUCGAAAGGUUUCUUUGGGACUUUCCUCAUGUUCUCUUCACAAAUCAAAAUCUGCUUAAGCCCCACUGUUAGUAAUUCUGGGACAAAUUA